AUGGACCUGCAGAUGCCCAAGAUGGACGGGCUGGCAGCCACGCGCGUGAUUUUGGCGUCGUGCGAGGAGGAGGACCGCGGCCUGGUCACGCCACCGCCCUCGCCCUCGCUGCCGCUCGCCACCUCAGCCUACCUGGCCUCGUCGCGCUCGCCCUCGCCCUCGCUCCCGCGCUUCCCCGCCGCUGCCCUCCGUCUCUCCUCCUCCUCUCCGGCCUCCUCUUCCACCACCUCUCCAGUCAUGCCCAGCUCCACCACCAGCUCCACCAUCUCGUCGCCCUCAUCGCCAACCACACCAUCACCAUCAUCAACAACAUCACCACCACCACCAUCACCACCAUCAUCAUCGCCAUCAUCACCGUCAUCGUCGUCGGCGUCGGUGGGGUGGUCGCUGCGGCAGGUGAAGCGACCACAGAUCAUCGCGGUGACGGCCAACGUGUACGAGAGCGACCGGGAGGCCUGCGCCGAGGUGGGCAUGGUCGACUUCCUGGGCAAGCCGCUCCUCAAGUCCAGCCUCGAGCGCUGCCUGCGCCGCGCGCGCCACCGGCUCGCCGAGGAGCGACGACCUGGGUCCCUCGCGGGCCCGGACGCCAGGUCUGCCGUGUCAUGA